CUUUCUCUCUCUACAAAAGCAAUUUUCUCUCUCUACAGGAAAAUUUCUUAAGCUUGAAUUCUUAAUAUGAGCGGUUGAAACUUCUUCGUCUGCAAGCUAUAAGCUUUCUUCUUCCCUUUUUUUUUAUGCAUAUUUGAGAUCUUAGUGGUAGUCAGUUCCUCUCCUUGUUCCCGUUCCUGUUGUGUGUUGAAGUUGCAGUUCCUGAGGAUAAACCCUACCUAUGGCUGGCCGUUACGACAGGAAUCCUUUCGAUGAGGAAGAAGAAGAAGUUAAUCCUUUCUCUGAUCCUGCAGUGAGAGGCAAAGCAUCUGGGCAGUCAAAGUUUGGUGGAGGUGUAUUUUCAACAAGUACUCCACCCACAUCAAAUUCGAGACUUUCACCACUUCCUCCUGAACCCGCUGGUUUUGGUUAUGAUCGAGAUGCAACAGUUGACAUUCCUCUUGAUGCAGCUUCAGGAGGAUCAAAGUAUCAGGAUUUGAAGAAGAAAGAGAAAGAACUCCAGGCCAAAGAGGCUGAAUUGAGAAGACGGGAGCAGGAUGUGAAGCGGAGAGAAGAUGCUGCAGCACGAGCUGGAGUUGUUCUGGAAGAGAAAAAUUGGCCACCCUUUUUUCCAAUUAUUCAUCAUGAUAUUGGAAAUGAAAUACCAAUUCAUCUACAAAAAUUGCAGUAUGUUGCAUUUGCGACGUUCUUAGGAUUGGUUCUGUGUCUCUUCUGGAAUAUUAUAUCUGUUACUGCAGCAUGGAUCAAAGGGGAAGGUGUAAAGAUCUGGUUCCUUGCCAUUAUCUACUUUGUAGCAGGUGUCCCAGGAGGGUAUGUAUUGUGGUAUCGUCCACUGUAUCGUGCUUUCAGGAAUGAAAGUGCUAUAAAGUUUGGAUGGUUUUUCCUGUUUUAUUUGCUCCACAUUGGCUUCUGCAUCUUUGCUUCAGUUGCCCCUCCGAUAGUUUUCAAAGGGAAAUCACUCACGGGAAUCUUGCCUGCGAUAGAUGUUAUUGGUGAUAAUGUUAUAAUUGGGAUCUUCUACUUCAUCGGUUUCGGACUAUUCUGCGUUGAAUCAUUGAUAAGCCUCUGGGUUUUGCAGCAAGUAUACAUGUAUUUCCGGGGAAGUGGUAAAGCUGCUGAAAUGAAGCGUGAAGCUGCAAGAGGUGCCAUGAGAGCUGCUAUAUGAUGGACCCAUUUCCUGUGCCUAGCCUUCUAUGUUUGGGUGAUACUCUCUGUAAAUUUUGUCAAUUGGAGUGGCAUACUUUCUUUAGGACGCAACUUGGAUAAUAUCUCUACUCUCCACGUGUGGAUUUAAUUGAUACCCUCUAUGUAGAGUGUUUGUCUCAUAUACUUGAAUACUGACACCUACUUGUUACACAAGUUCCAUUGUAGAAAUCUCAAUCGCCAAUGCAUUUACGUGUGGACAAAUUCCCAUCAUAGGGACAAGCAUACAGCAAAUAAAAACGCGUCAAAAAAUCACCUUACGGUAACGUAAUUUACACCAGUUUUUACACCAAAAUCAACCAAGUUUAUACUUUGCCAAACAAACCAUUAGAUGGUUUUGAAGCACACACUAUAUAUAUCUAUUGCACACGGUUUAUCACCAAGAAAGCUUAGAACUCAAC